AUGGCUCACUCAGCUGGUGUUGACAGUGAGGUGGGGCGGGCAGGUGCACUGGGCCUCCCCCUCCCCUCUGUACGGUGCCCCCCCUUGCUCCCCCCGCCCGUCCUCUCCCGGGAGCUGGGCUUUGGUCUGGGACCUGACUCACUGCUUCCCUCUUUGUGUCUUGCAGAUUACAGCCAGCCGGCCACCCAGAGCUAUGGGGCUUACCCAGCACCACCAGGACAGGGAUACUCUCAGCAAACGAGUCAGCCCUACAGCCAGCAGAGCUACAGCGGUUACGGCCAGUCUGCAGACACCUCAGCAUAUGGACAGAACAGUUACAGUUCUUCUUACGGCCAGAAUCAAAGCACUGGCUACAGCACUCAGUCAACACCUCCAGCUUAUGGAACAACUGGAUAUGGCAGCAGUCAGACCUCUCAGACCUCUUACGGACAACCCUCAUCGUAUCCUAGCUAUUCCCAGCCACCAGCAGCCAGCUCAACAACGGGAAGCUAUGGAAGCAGCUCCCAAAGCACAAGCUAUGGCCAGCCCCCAAGUAGCGGCUAUGGCCAGCAAUCCAGCUACAGUAGCCAGCAACCAAGCUCCUAUGGGCAGCAGCCAUCUUACAACCCUCCACAAAGCUACGGGCAGCAGAGCCAGUACAGUAGCGGCAGUAGCAGCAGCGGAGGAGGUGGAGGCAACAGUGGAUCCAGCAGCUACGGCCAGGACCAGUCGUCCAUGAGCGGCAGUAGUGGCGGUGGCGGCGGUGGUGGCUACGGUAGCCAGGAUCAGAGCAGCUAUGGAGGUGGCCAGCAAGACCGUGGUGGCAGGGGCAGGGGAGGAUAUGGCCGGGGCGGCUUUGACCGUGGUGGAAGAGGCGGCCGUGGUGGUCGUGGAGGCAUGGGCGGUGGUGAGCGUGGUGGCUUCAAUAAGUUUGGUGGGCCCCGGGACCAAGGACCACGCCAUGACUCUGCUUCUGAACAGGAUAACUCUGACAACAACACCAUUUUCGUCCAGGGACUCGGUGAAAAUGUCACCAUUGAGUCAGUCGCUGACUACUUCAAGCAAAUAGGGAUCAUUAAGACAAAUAAGAAAACUGGACAACCCAUGAUUAACUUGUACACAGACCGUGAAACUGGGAAGCUAAAGGGGGAAGCCACUGUGUCAUUCGACGAUCCUCCGUCUGCCAAGGCAGCCAUUGAUUGGUUUGAUGGGAAGGAAUUUUCCGGCAAUGCUAUCAAAGUUUCCUUCGCUACCCGGAGGGCGGACUUCAACCGUGGUGGUGGAAAUGGCCGGGGUGGUAGAGGCCGUGGAGGGCCCAUGGGUCGUGUUGGAUUUGGAGGUGGUGGAGGUGGCGGUGGCAACAGUGGCCCUGGUGGAGGUAACCGGGGUGGCUUCCCUAGCGGUGGAGGUGGCCAGCAGCGUGCAGGGGACUGGAAGUGUCCUAACCCGGCCUGUGAGAACAUGAAUUUUUCAUGGCGUAAUGAGUGCAACCAGUGCAAAGCGCCAAAGCCAGAGGGACCUGGAGGACCACACAUGGGAGGAGGAGGAGGAGGAGGAUUUGGGGAAGAGCGCCGGGGAGGCCGAGGUGGCUACGACCGUGGCGGCUUCCGGGGAGGCCGAGGUGGUGAUCGGGGUGGCUUCCGAGGAGGCCGAGGUGGAGAUCGGGGCGGUGGAUUUGGGCCAGGAAAGAUGGAUAACAGGGGUGACCAUAGACAAGACCGCCGUGACAGACCCUAUUAAGAUUGUACAAAUUCCCAGACUGUGACUUUUUUAUUUUGUAUGUCAGACUUCGUACCGCAGCCCGUGUAAAACUUGUUCCAUUUGUGUCAACUUUGUAUUUCCCUCAAUUUUACCUGUUUCUCCCCCUUGUAUUGAAAUAAUCCCUUACAUUAAAAACCCCCUUGUUUUAGUUGCCAUGUGUAGCUUUCUUUGGGGCCAGGGCUUCAAUAAAGGCAACUAGUGUAUACCGGACAGCUUGGGCUGAGUGUUCUGCAAUGCCCCAACUUUAGCCAUGAGAGUUAAAUAUACAUAGAUGUGUUCAGUUACGAACAGGAUUAACAUGUUAUCAAGCAAACGAGUGCAGAAAGGUGAUCUUGAUCUGUGGUUUAAAUGUAAAGCUCCUUAAUUUACACUUAUGUGCAUUUACAUUUGCGUGUUCUCAUCUUUAUUGCAUGAAGCACCAUCCUCCAACAUAGGCGUGUUUAGCUUAUAGAGACAUUGUCCAUGUAUGACUUCUCGUAUUGGUGUCUACAUAGGAAGUUUUCUUGAAAGUAUUUUUGGGAAGUGUGGCAGGGAUGGAUGGAAAAAGCUUGCUUGAGGGUUUUUGCUAUGCCAUUGGAAGCAUGGUAGCUGCACAAUGAAAAGCUGUAUUCUAUGAAAGGUCAAAUAGUAUGUAAAUAUUUAUCAUGCAACCUCCAGGGUUAUGUACACAUUUGCACAAGGUGCCAAUUCUCCAUGAAAGUGUUAAACACGUUCAACAGAAAGGUCUAUUCAUGCAUAAUUGAAAUACAGAAUUGCAUUGGUGAAACUGACAAGUUUUGUUAGCUUGCAAAAUUGUAUACUGGGUCUUGAGGUACAAGAAUUUUUUCUUUAUUAGCAACUUGUUGCUCCAAAUUCACCCUAAUGCAGUGAUCUGCUGCAUACCUAGGAAAAUAAACAUUUUUGUUGAAUAAAUUCAUAGCUAAACCCAUGGAAGCAAAGAGGUGACCAGUAAGUACAGCUUGCUAGGGGUGUUCGUCAGUGAUAGCAUUAUCUACCUGCAUAUAAAUUGGCAUGGAAAAAGGUGGACAUGGAUCUCUGCUGGGCUGGUAAAUGUCUCAGGGGCAGUGCUGUUGAAGUGAGCAAGUAGACAAGUCAGUCCUACAGUUGGAGCUGCAGUGUGUAUGAAUGUAAUGAAGUUUGACUUUUCAAUGUGCUGAAUAAAGAACCCCACAGGUUACGA